CAGUCAUUCUUUUCUCUCAAAUUAAUUUCCUCUCUCAAAUUUAAUUAAACGUCGCAGGAGAGCUUCUACUCAACUACCACCGCCGACAUGGCCGACGACAACCCAUCUACCACCGCCACCGCCACCGCCACCGCCGCUUCGAAUCCUCCUCCAGAGACAAGGCGUUGGGCCGAUAUCUCUGACGAGGACGACGCCGACGCCAAGGCCGAGUUGAAGACAGAUUCACCUGUAGAUGUCAAUUUAAAUUCUUUAUGCAUCGGCGACUCCAAACCCAGCAGCACGCUCUCCGAUCCAGACGACUCCCGCAUCGAAGCGGUUACAUCAGGUGACACUCCGUAUACAUCAGCUAAGAGAUUCGAGGACUUGAACUUAUCAGCUGAAUUGUUGAAGGGUCUGUAUAUCGAGAUGAAGUUUGAGAAACCAAGUAAGAUACAGGCAAUUAGUUUGCCCAUGAUUCUGACUCCUCCCCACAAGAAUUUAAUAGCUCAGGCUCACAAUGGAUCCGGAAAGACCACUUGUUUUGUUCUUGGUAUGUUGAGCCGUGUCGACCCAACGCUCAAGGCUCCUCAGGCUCUCUGUAUCUGCCCCACAAGAGAGUUAGCCAUUCAGAAUUUGGAAGUGCUUCUGAAGAUGGGGAAGUUCACAGGAAUAACUUCCGAAUUAGGCAUACCUGCAGAUUCGUCAAGCUACAUUCCAGUUAAUAAGAUGCCUCCUAUUACAGCACAAGUAAUUAUCGGUACACCUGGUACGCUUAAGAAGUGGAUGACAGCUAAGAAACUGAGAUUGAAUCAGAUGAAGAUUCUCGUGUUUGAUGAGGCAGACCACAUGUUGGGACAGAGUGGAUUCCGAGACGAUUCAGUGGCGAUAAUGAGGAACAUCAAGGACGCCAAUUACAAUUGCCAGGUCCUUUUGUUCUCGGCUACAUUUGAUGAUUCCGUCAAACAAUUUGUAUCAAGAAUAGUUGAGGAUAUCUUUGUCAGAGACUAUAACCAGAUGUUUGUAAAAAAGGAAGAACUGUCAUUGGAAUCCGUAAAACAGUACAAGGUGCAUUGUCCUGAUGAACUUUCAAAGAUCCAGGUUAUUAAAGACCGAAUACUCGAACUUGGAGAGAAGGUUGGCCAAACGAUUAUAUUUGUAAAGUCGAGGGAGAAUUCGACUAUGUUGCACCAAUCUUUGGUCAGCCUCGGCUAUGAGGUCACUACCAUUCAAGGUGCUCUCAAGCAAGAGGAUAGGGAUAAAAUCAUAAAGGAGUUCAAGGAAGGGUUGACUCAAGUUCUAAUUGCAACCGAUCUUCUCUCCCGAGGCUUUGACCAGAAACAGGUUAACUUGGUCGUGAACUUUGAUCUUCCGGUGAAACACGAUAGACCUUCUCAGCCUGAUUGUGAUGUCUACUUGCACCGAGUUGGUAGAGCAGGGCGCUUUGGUCGUAAAGGUGCUGUCUUCAAUCUCCUAUGUACGAGUCGAGAUGACUCGAUUAUGGGCAAAAUCGAGGACUAUUUCAACACCAAGAUAGCCGAGGUGAGCCCGUGGAACAGCGAGGCAGCGUUUGAGGUCGCGCUAAAGGACGCUGGAUUACUGUGAGGAAGAAGUACUCUGUGUAGAUGUUUUUUAUUUUUUAUUUUUAAGAUAUGUUUUUCAAGCCCUGUACUAAACUGGAAGUGGUGAUAUGAUCUCAUCUGUUGUGUGGUUUGUGAGGAAAGUUUUGUACUAAUACGUUAAUUGCGUUUAUUUAUUUUUAAAACAAGAAAUAGAGGGUAAAUUCGAUUUAGAGCUCUUAAUGAUGCUCCUAAUAUCUGAUUCGGAAGAGAUAACUAAUUAAGAGUGUUUGGUAUACAAC